AUGAGUAAUGGAAUAAUCGACUUUUCAAAGUACAUCGCGUUUUCGUACGUACCUUUGGAAGAGGACGAGAUGAAGUUUCGUCUUGAUGUUGACUUCAUAUGUCCCCCCGAUUUUGAUAUUGAUAAUGUCUGUCUUGGCCUCUACUGCUUCCGGCGGUUUAAGCUAAAGAACUACACGUCCCUUCUUCCGUUACAGAAGGAGCAACAGCAAUACCAGUUUCCUAUUAACCUUCCUGAUGGAUUUUAUGAUGUCAAAAUUCUACGAAUGGAAGGGUUGAAGUACUUGGAGCUUUACACAGAGAAGAAGAUUCACGUGACAAAGGUUCCCGCAUUACAAAUUUCUGCAAAUUUCCUUCCCCAAAAGUCCGUUCUUUCCGUCACUCUCAAUCACUCACCUUUCAAAGGUGAUUAUUUUGGAGUUUUUUUCAGUUCCACUGACUCGAUGCGAGAAAAACACAUGAUUGACCACACCAAACAUUUUUUUUCGUCUGCAAAGAAAGAGUGUUUCUUUAGAGUAAAUUCUGAUUUCUUCGAAAAAGGAAAAGAAUAUGAAAUUAGGUAUUUUAGGGGUGACUGUUCGAUAGAGGCGAUCAAUUACGUCACAAAGUGGGACAUCACUUUCAUUCCAUCCGCAAUCUCAAACACAUUCUCUGUUUGA